CUCCCAAUUUCAAUGCAGACCAUUAUGCUGGGCUGAGCACAUGUCACUCGAUAAUGAAACUGGACUGGACCCUCCCGGUAUAAGGAUCAGGCCUGUAUCUGGACUUGUAGCAGCUGAUUAUUUUGCAGCAGGUUAUUUUGUUUGGGCUGUUUUAAUUGCUAAUUUGGCUCAGAUUGGGUAUGAGGAAAAAACGAUGUAUAUGGCUGCCUAUGAUUGGAGGUUAUCUUUCCAGAACACUGAGGUUAGGGACCAAACUUUGAGCAGAAUAAAAAGUAACAUAGAACUCAUGGUAGCUACCAAUGGUGGGAAAAAGGUAGUAGUCAUUCCGCAUUCAAUGGGUGUCCUGUACUUUCUGCACUUUAUGAAAUGGGUUGAAGCACCACUGCCAAUGGGUGGUGGAGGUGGAUCAGAUUGGUGUGCUAAGCACAUAAAGGCAGUAAUGAACAUUGGUGCGCCCUUUUUAGGUGUCCCAAAAUCAGUCUCUGGACUUUUUUCUAUUGAAGCCAGGGAUAUAGCCAUUGCCAGGGCUUUCGCUCCUGGUUUUCUGGACAAAGAUGUAUUUGGUCUUCAAACUUUUCAGCAUUUAAUGCGAAUGACCCGUACAUGGGAUUCCACCAUGUCAAUGAUACCAAAAGGUGGGGACACUAUAUGGGGUGGGCUUGAUUGGUCACCUGAAGGAGGAAGCUUUAGCUGUAGUGCAAAAAAGUUGAAGAACAACAGCACUCAUAAUACAGGCCACAAUGCAGACAGCAACUUGGGUGAUAUGAAAAGUGUGAAUUAUGGGAGAAUUAUUUCAUUUGGGAAAGAUGUGGCUGAGGCACAUUCCUCCAAGAUUGAGAGGGUUGAUUUCAGGGAUGUCGUGAAGGGUGGUAAGCUUGCCAACUCAAGCAACUGUGAUAUAUGGACAGAGUAUCAUGAAAUGGGCAAUGGUGCUAUCAAAGCGGUUGCUGACUACAAAAUUUACACAGCUGGAUCAAUUUUGGAUCUGCUUCAUUUUGUUGCUCCCAAGUUGAUGGCAAGAGGAGAUGCUCAUUUUUCAUAUGGGAUAGCUGAUAAUUUGGAUGACCCAAAGUAUGAACACUACAAAUAUUGGUCAAACCCCUUAGAAACAAAGCUACCAAGUGCUCCAGACAUGGAAAUCUACUCAAUGUAUGGAGUUGGAAUCCCCACUGAAAGAGCUUAUGUAUACAAAUUAACUACUGCCGCUGAUUGCUAUAUACCAUUUCAGAUAGACACCUCAGCAGAGGGUGGAAGUGAAGAUUCAUGUCUAAAAGGUGGCGUUUUCUCUGCUGAUGGAGAUGAAACAGUUCCUGUUUUAAGUGCAGGUUUCAUGUGUGCAAAAGGUUGGCGGGGUAAAACCAGAUUCAAUCCUUCAGGAAUUCGUACUUACGUAAGGGAGUACAAUCAUGCCCCCCCAGCUAAUCUUCUAGAAGGUCGAGGCACCCAAAGUGGUGCUCAUGUUGAUAUAAUGGGGAAUUUUGCAUUAAUUGAAGAUAUUAUACGAGUAGCAGCAGGGGCUACUGGCCAGGAUCUGGGUGGAGAUCGUGUGUAUUCUGAUAUUUUUAAAUGGUCUGAAAGGAUCAACUUACAGCUCUAGAUCCAGGUCUUGAGAGAGACAACAGGGACCUUGUUCCACUCUCCCUUUUAACUUGAGAUUUACGUGAUGAACUAUCCAUUGUUGGUGGUAGCAGUCAUCUUGGUGGCCAUUCUAUAUUCCUGGCAAAUGUGUAUUGCCCCUCUGUUGUGCUUAAAAAGUCUUUCUUUUUUUUUUUUGGCAAAAGCACCAACUUGAGGUGUAUGCAAUUUGCAUCCCACGUUUUGCCAGGCUCCUUCAAUUCAAGGAGCACACUUAGAAGUCAAUAGUUCCCGUAAUCUUCGGAUAUUCUAUUAAUUUUAUUAGUUAUAGUUUCAUCAA